UAAAUGUUGCUUGGAAACACAGAAUUUGUUGGGUUAUUUUGAGUGAUUUUCAACAAUAUUUAUUUUAACGUUCUACCAGUGAAGUACCAUAGAUCGAAAAUAUGCCGCCAAAGAAAAAGAAGAGUGGGAAGAAGGGAGGUAAGAAAUCUGGUAAGAAGGCUAAAACACCUACUGUUAUAGAUGGAGUACCAACAGAAGAAAUGUCAAAAGAACAGUUGGAGGAGCAUAUUGCUCGAUUACGUGAAGAAUUGGAGAGGGAGAGGGAAGAAAGAAAUUAUUUUCAAUUGGAAAGAGAUAAAGUAAACACUUUCUGGGAGAUCACCAAGCGUCAGUUAGAGGAAAAGAAAGCUGAAUUGAGAAAUAAAGAUCGAGAAAUGGAAGAUGCCGAAGAAAGACAUCAGAUUGAAAUUAAGGUUUACAAACAAAAAGUGAAGCAUCUUCUGUAUGAACAUCAAAAUAAUGUGUCUGAACUUAAGGCAGAGGGUGGUGUCUCUCUAAAAUUAGCACAAGAUGAACAUGAAGGUAAUGAAACAAAUCUGAGAAAAGAUAAGCGAGCUCUGAAGGUCCAUCUUAAAGAACAAGAAUUGGCUCAUGAAGAUGUUAUUAAGAACUUGAAAAAGUCCAAUGAUGAGGAAGUCACCAAAUUAAGGGCUGAUUUUGAACGACAAGCCAAGGAAAUUGAAGCCAAAUACGAAAAGAAAAUGCGUACAUUACGCGAUGAACUGGAUUUGAGGCGUAAAACUGAAAUUCAUGAAAUUGAAGAGCGUAAAAAUGGACAGAUCAAUACAUUAAUGAAAAAUCAUGAAAAAGCUUUCAGUGACAUUAAAAAUUACUACAAUGACAUAACAUUAAAUAAUUUAGCAUUAAUCAACACAUUAAAGGAACAAGUUGAAGAAAUGAAAAAGAAAGAAGAACGAAUGGAGAAGCAGAUGGCAGAGGUUAUAGCAGAAAAUAAACGGUUAACGGAACCAUUACAGAAGGCAAGAGAGGAAGUAGAAGAUCUGAGGAAACAACUUGCAAAUUAUGAAAAAGAUAAAGAAACACUCAGGAUGACCAAAGCAAGAUUAAAGGUAACAGAAGAAGAAUUCAGAGCCCUGAAAUGGGAACAUGAAGUUUUAGAACAGAGAUUUCAGAAGACACAAGCAGAAAGAGAUGAUUUAUAUCGUAAAUUUGUUAAAGCUAUACAUGAAGUACAACAGAAGAGUAAUUUUAAAAACUUAUUGUUAGAAAAGAAGUUGGGUGCCCUGGCUGAUACCCUUGAAAAGAAAGAAGCUCAGUUAAAUGAAGUUUUAUCUGCUUCCAACUUAGAUCCAACAGCCUUGACUGUUGUUACAAGAAAACUUGAGGAUGUUCUAGAUUCUAAGAAUAGCGCUAUUAAAGAUCUACAGUAUGAAUUGGCUAGAGUGUGUAAGGCACACAAUGAUUUAUUAAGAACAUAUGAAAGUAAAUUAAAUCAGUUUGGUAUACCUACAGAAGAAUUGGGCUUUAAACCAUUAGAAAGUACAGUUGGGGGUCAAGCAUUGGGUCAAGGCCCAGCAGGUUUGGUGUCAGCACCUUCAUAGUCCUAUGUCGUCUCUCAUUGUUUUUAUUAUUUUUCUAGACUUAUAAAUACACUUCAUAUUUAUUGAACAUCCUUUACUUUUAACUCCUUAAUUGAAUAAGUUUGAUUUUCAAUAUAGUUUUUAUGAACUGGUUUGAAAAUUACUUAUAAAAAUUAUGAUCAUCCUAAAUGUUCAUUAUUUAGGUGGUAUCUAUUAUUUGGGGCUAUUAUUGUGUUAUUUUUUUAAUAUGUACAAUAUAAAGAAGUAUGAAAAACUGAUUAUUUUUAAGAAUGAUUUGUAUCUGUGAUAUUAAACUAUUGAUAAUCACCUUAUACAUGUUUUGAUUGGGUCCAUUAGACAUACUUUGUAAUAAACUCAAUGACAAUCUAUAUCUACACUACAUUCUUAUUUGAAAAAUAUCCUGUGAAAAAGAUAGGCAUGGUCACAAGUAGUUAAUAAAGAACGUUUUUUUUUAGUAAUUGGAAAAAAUUUAAUGUAAAAUUACUGUUAGACCCU